CGGGGGACAGCUCACCUGCACUGGCGACAUGGAGGACGGCGUGCUCAAGGAGGGAUUCCUCGUGAAGAGGGGCCACAUUGUCCAUAACUGGAAGGCACGAUGGUUUAUCCUUCGGCAGAACACGCUCCUGUAUUACAAGCUAGAGGGUGGCCGGCGAGUGACCCCACCCAAGGGAAGGAUACUCCUGGAUGGCUGCACCAUCACCUGCCCCUGCCUGGAGUAUGAAAACCGGCCGCUCCUCAUUAAGCUGAAGACCCGAACUUCCACUGAGUACUUCCUGGAGGCUUGUUCUCGAGAGGAGAGGGACUCCUGGGCCUUUGAGAUAACAGGGGCUAUCCACGCGGGGCAGCCGGGGAAGGUCCAGCAACUCCAUAUACAGAAAAACUCCUUCAAGUUGCCCCCACACAUCAGCCUGCAUCGAAUUGUGGACAAGAUGCAUGACAGCAGCAGUGGAAUCCGGCCGUGUCCUAACAUGGAGCAGGGAAGCACCUACAAAAAGACCUUCCUGGGCUCCUCCUUGGUGGACUGGCUCAUCUCCAGCAGCUUUGCAGCCAGCCGUCUGGAGGGAGUGACCCUGGCCUCCAUGCUUAUGGAAGAGAACUUCCUCAGGCCAGUUGGGGUCCGGAGCAUGGGAGCUAUUCGCUCAGGGGAUCUGGCCGAGCAGUUUCUGGAUGAUUCUACAGCCCUGUACACUUUUGCUGAAAGCUACAAGAAGAAGGUAAGCUCCAAGGAAGAGAUCAGUCUCAGCACCAUGGAGUUAAGUGGCUUAGUGGUCAAACAAGGCUACCUAUCCAAGCAGGGGCACAAGAGGAAAAACUGGAAGGUGCGCCGAUUCGUUCUGAGGAAGGACCCGGCUUUCCUGCAUUACUAUGACCCUUCCAAAGAAGAGAACAGGCCGGUAGGUGGGUUUUCUCUUCGUGGGUCCCUUGUGUCUGCUCUGGAGGAUAAUGGUGUUCCCACUGGAGUCAAAGGGAAUGUCCAAGGAAAUCUCUUCAAAGUGAUCACGAAGGACGACACACACUAUUACAUCCAGGCCAGCAGCAAGGCUGAGAGAGCAGAGUGGAUUGAAGCUAUCAAGAAGCUAACAUGACCUAAGGGAACAGGACCAGGGUCCUCAUUUUUAUCAACCGAUAGAGAUGGGAUUUCAUGGAGAACUGGAGCAAAACAGAUACUGGACUUGGAUAUGGCUCAGUGGUAGAGGAUCUGCCUGAGCAAUCCUGAGGCCCUGGUUCAAUUAUUGGAAAAGACGUUAACAUUGUCCAUUUUGUACAGCUUUGGAGCGAGACUGCUCAAGAUGGCUCCUCAGUUCACAGUGGUGGUGCGAUUACUUGUCUUCUGAUCACCAACCUGAAAAGCUGGGACGGCUGUCAGGUGGCAUCAUCUAGACUUUUGCCCUUCAGGACAGAAAUCUGUCUUGCCAGGUGGUGGUGGCACACACCUUUAAUCCCAGCACUUGGGAGGCAGAGGCAGGUGGAUCUCUGUGACUCUGAGGCCAGCCUGGUCUACAGAGUGAGUUCCAGGACAGCCAGGGCUACAGAGAAACUGUCUUGAGAAACCACAUGAAUGCAUGCAUGCACAUCUGUGUCUUUGGGAACCAUAGUAGUGUGCAUCUCUUUGUUGGAACACUAAUUUGGGCUUUGCUAUAUUACUCUAGUCUCAAGACAGCUCUAAGUGAUUUCAACAAUUUACGUCCCUGUAAUUAAUAAAGACUGACAUUAGUCUCUA